GGAUGUAACCCAACUGUCAGCAAGUCAGAUCUCUCUUUUGCACAAAUGCAUCUUUUCAGAUGUGCCAAAGGCAGAGCCACACAAACCUCUCCUCCCACACCGAAUCGACAGACAGCCUGCAAACAUCACUGACCGAGCAUGGACGAACUAGACUUUCUCCUGGAAGAGUUAGCACAGACGUCUUCCCAGAAUGCUCCAGGCCCCGCAGGUAUCACUCAGAAGAAUUCGGAGCAAACUGGAAAGAAUGAAAGCUCCAGCACACAUGGACAGAUCACACCUGUAUAUAUUUCUACACUUCCGGCCCAGGACCCGAACAGUGACCACGUGUACAGCGAAGUUCCAGACCCUGUAGAGGCCACUCUCAGUCCCCGUUCGGCCACACAAGAACUGGACUCCAUCAUGCAGGAGCUACUGGGCCUGAAUUUAGGGCUCUCGGACUUGCCAGCCACAUCAGGCCCCCCUCCGCUCGUUCGGAAAUCCCAAAAAAGCAAAGGAGGAAAGGAGACGAAGGACGCGGACGUCGAACUCGCGGGCGAAGGCAAAUCCCGUGCAGCUGAGGAUUCUGAUCAGGCACCUGGGAAGACAAACAAACCCACUGGGGCCUCCAUAGAUGACCUCCUUGGGGGCCUACGUUCUGACAUGGAGAGGAUGGGCGUGCGCACCUCCGCCAAAGGCCUCUGCACUGCCUGCGGCAAGUGCAUUGUGGGAAAGAUGAUCACAGCUCUGGGAGAGGUGUGGCACCCCGAGCACUUUGUGUGUUCCUCGUGCGGGACAGAACUGGGCACGUGCGGCUUCUUCGAGAGAGACGGGAAGCCCUACUGCGACAAGGACUACCAGAACCUCUUCUCUCCCCGCUGUGCGUACUGCAAAGGCCCCAUUCUACAGAACAUCCUGACCGCGAUGGACCAGACCUGGCACCCAGAGCACUUCUUCUGUAACCACUGCGGGGAGGUUUUCGGGACGGAGGGCUUCCUGGAUCGCGACGGCAAGCCGUACUGCAAGAAAGACUUUUACCGUCUCUUUGCGCCAAAGUGCUCUGGAUGUGGGAAGCCCGUGCAGGAGAACUACCUGUCCGCAGCCAACGGCACCUGGCAUCCCGACUGCUUCGUCUGCACGGAUUGCAUGAGUCCCUUCCGGGACGGGUGCUUCAUGGAGCUGGACGGACGUCCCCUCUGCUCCCUGCACUACCACUCCCGUCAGGGCAACCUGUGCGGGGGGUGCGGGACGCCGAUUUCGGGGCGCUGCAUCGCGGCGCUGGACCGCAAGUUCCACCCCGAGCACUUCGUGUGCGCCUUCUGCCUGAAGCAGCUCAGCCAGGGCGUGUUCAAGGAGCAGGACGGGAAACCGUACUGCGGCAUCUGCCACGACAAGCUGUUCCUGUGAGAGGCGCGGGGGGUGGGGAGAGGAGAUA